AUGGAUGCAAUCGUUACCAUUCUAAAUCACUCCGAGAGCUGCAGACAAUACAUCAGAGCUACAUGUUUUAACACUCACAUCUACGAUAAUGAUGGCGAUCACACUGCUUAUUGGGUAUCAAGACAAGGUGUUGUGAUGCCAAACUGGGGGAACGCUCCGAGUGACGUCGUAGGAUGUCUCUGCGGCAUAAAUCGAACUUGUCACUACAGCGUGGACGCUCUCUGCAAUUGUUACCGUUCUUCAGAUAUGUGGUUAACAGAUGAUGGCUACCUAACUGAUAGAGAUCGACUUCCGGUCACAAGGCUACACUUUGGAGAUACUGGCGGUUCAAAUGAAAAGAUGAAGUUUGAACUUGGCUUUCUCGAGUGUGAAUGA